CGCCUUUAUUUACUUGCAGAAGAGCCUUCAGCACCCCCUCCUAACAAGUCUGGGAAGCAUUACGGCGACGCGAUGUUGGGGACACUGGUCUGGAUGCUCGUGGUCGGCUUCCUGUUGGCACUGGCGCCGGGCCGCGCGGCGGGAGCGCUGAGGACCGGGAGACGCCCGGCGCGGCCGCGGGACUGCGCGGACCGGCCGGAGGAGCUCCUGGAGCAGCUGUACGGGCGGCUGGCGGCCGGCGUGCUCAGCGCCUUCCACCACACGCUGCAGCUCGGGCCGCGCGAGCAGGCGCGCAAUGCCAGCUGCCCGGCCGGGGGCAGGUCCGCCGACCGCCGCUUCCGGCCGCCCACCAACCUGCGCAGCGUGUCGCCCUGGGCGUACAGGAUUUCCUACGACCCCGCUCGCUUUCCAAGGUACCUGCCCGAAGCCUACUGCCUGUGCCGAGGCUGCCUGACCGGGCUCUACGGUGAGGAGGACUUCCGCUUUCGCAGCACACCCGUCUUCUCUCCAGCAGUGGUGCUGCGGCGCACGGCGGCCUGUGCGGGCGGCCGCUCUGUGUACGCCGAACACUACAUCACCAUCCCAGUGGGCUGUACCUGCGUGCCCGAGCCGGACAAGUCCACGGACAGUGCCAACUCUAGCAUGGACAAGCUGCUGCUGGGGCCAGCCGAUAGGCCGGCAGGGCGCUGAUGCCAGGGACUGCCCGCCAUGGCCCAGCUUCCUGCGUGCGUCAGGUCCCCUGGCCCUGACAAAACACACACCCCAUGAUCCCUGGCUGUUGCCCACUUUUUCCAAAAGGACAGCUACGUGAGCUUUAAAUGUAUUUUAAAGUAGACAUUACAUACCUACUACCAUUUUGAAUAGUAGCAGAAACUAUUUUCAUAUUAGUAAUGUAGAGCGAGCAUGUUAUUUUUAAACUUCUUUGAUAUACAAGCAUACUGUAUACAUUCCGUUUCCCUCUAGUAGGAUUUUUGAGCGCAUAAUUGUGGUGCUCAGAUGAACUCCUUUCAGCUGCGCUGUGCCCUGUCUCUGAGUCCCUCCUGUUACCCAGGCUUGCUAAGGUGAUAUGGAUACUUCUGAUCUGUGCACCGAAGGCCUCCAAGGUCCUUGGAGAGGGAGGGAUGUGAGAGCCCAGGAACCAAACUCCCUUUUGUUCUUUAGCAUAUGGAUGGUCUCAACUUUAUGAAGAUUAAAUUUUUUGGUGGUGUUCUUUCA